AUGUCGCGGGUGGACCAACAACAACAACAACGGCCCUUCGCCUCGGUGAAGGCAGCUCGCCCAACCAACGUUACAGAUAGCCAGGCGCUGGACGGCAAUCGCGAGUUCCGGCUCUCGUCCAAAGCGGCCACGUUCGACGAGCCCAUCUUUGACAGGUUCGAGGAUAUGGACAACCAGGACACGCUGAUCCCGAGCCCCAAUCCAGGGCUUGCCAACGACGACGAGGUUCCCCAGCUGCCGCCGAAGAGCGCCCUCCGAAGGUCCAAGGUGCUCGGGGGCCUGGGGCUUAGUCUGGGCGGUGCCGGCGGAGCGGCGGCAGGGCUCGGCCAAGCCACCACUCCGCACGACGUCUACCUCUCGUCCGAGGAGGACGCCUCGUCCGACGCCGACGACUUCUCCGACCACGACUACGACUACGACUACGACUCGAGCGUGGAGGAUCCCACCUCGCCGACGAGGGGACUGGCCCAUGAGGGGAUCACGGCCAGGGUGGUGUCGGUGGUGUUCUCGGGGAAGCCAUCCAUCGUGGACCUGCCCGUCUCGAGGAGGCGGCCCCUCUCGGGCAGCUCCCUCGCUACGACGAGGACACGGUCAAGCAGCGACUCGUCCGCCGCAGUCAGGCGCUCCACCGCCGCCUCCACCACCACCACCACCACCACCAGCACUACCAUCACAACAACCACGUCGCAUACGGCCGAGGACCGGCCAAUUUCGCCAGUGAGCACGGUGUCUUCACGGCACUCGCGCCUCAGCAAGGACGGGGCGUCGCAUAACCGGAGGGGCUCGCUCUUGUCCGAGGUGCUGGUCAAGAAGAAGCCGCCCUUCCUCAGCAUCGACCCCUACGCCAACGGCAGCGGCCCGCUGGAGAUUCCCAAGGCGCUCGACAGCCUGGAGGGCGAGACGCGGUCGGCAAAGGCUCCGCGCACCCCGACCACGCUGCUCAAGGGCGUCACGAGGUCGCUCAGCCUCAGCCGGAGGCGGAGCCGGCCGAGCCUGAGCUCGCCCCAGACGGCCGUUCCGAAAUUGGAUACCUCGCUUACCAUCUCGUCGCCGAACCCCAACAGGCACUCAUCAUACUCAUCGUAUCUCUCGCCCACCACGGAGGAGGAGGAGGCACCCGCUUGUGAGCAGCAAGAGCAACAAUGGCAACAGCAACAGUCACAACACCUACAACAACACCUACAACCACAACAACACCACCACCAGCAACAGGAGCCAAAGACGCCCAUGACGCCCGUCGCAUACACGGAUAUACUACGGGCGGUCAAGCGCAGCGCCACCGUGGUGGGUGCGCCGUCGCCGCCCAGCGACAUCAUGUCCCCGACAGAGCACUCCCCGGCGACGGCACGGAGGGGGAUCCUGAGCGGGCUGUCGGUCAGGAGGAGGAGCGUCAAGGUAAUGGGAAAGCCUAACUAA